AUCAGCAGCGGCGGAAAAGCAGGCUGCGCUUCCGAGGCCGCGCCGGGCUCACGUGAGGCGUGACGCACUUCCGACGCCGGCCAGGAGGAGGGCGGCGGCGGCCGCGAGGGCCCACGCCGCGCGGGGGUGACGUCGCGAGGUCACGCGGGUCGCGUGCGGGUGCCCGGAUGCCCCACGCGUGUGGCGGGCGGCCCGCGCGCGCCGGGCCCGGGGAGGCGGCGGGAGCCGCAGCGGUGCCGGUGGGCGUCCUGCGCCUGCCGCGGGGGCCGGAGGGCUCGAGCCGCGGCUUCGCCCCCAGCUCGCCCCGCUUCCAGGCGCUGGGGGCCGGGGGGCCGCCGGAGCAGCGGCGGCGGGCGGCGCUGCGCGAGCGCUACCUGCGCAGCCUCUUCGCCAUGGCGGGCCGCCGCGUGCGCUUCGCCCUCUUCGAGCGGGUGAGCGUCGCCGCCCGCUUCGGCGCCUCCGACCUCGACGGCCUCAACUUCCAGGUGUCGGAGCUGCAGACGCCGCUGGGCGUGCAGAAAGAGGCCCUGCUGCGCUGCGCCGACAUCAUCGCCUACACCUUCCACCUCGAAUAAAGCCCCGCGCUCCCCC